UACCAAUCUACUUUUACCUCUUAUUAUAGUAUGUGCGUCCGGAGGAGCGCGUAUGCAAGAAGGAAGUUUGAGCUUAAUGCAAAUGGCUAAAAUUUCUUCUGCUUUAUAUAAUUAUCAAAUCAAUCAAAAGUUAUUCUAUGUAGCGAUACUUACAUCUCCGACUACUGGUGGGGUAACAGCUAGUUUUGGGAUGUUGGGGGAUAUCAUUAUUGCCGAACCUAAUGCAACCAUUGCAUUUGCGGGUAAAAGAGUAAUUGAACAAUUGUUGAAUAAGGAAGUGCCUGAAGGUUCCCAAUCGGCUGACCUUUUAUUCGACAGGGGCUUAUUGGAUGCAGUCGUACCACGUCAUCUUUUAAAGGAGUUUUUAACUGAGUUAUUUCAGUUCCAUGGUUUCGUUCCUUUGACUUAAAAUUGGACUGAAAAUGAAAACUAAUGCAGACAUUUAUUUAUGUUUUUCAAAUUUGGUGACGAGAUCCAAUCCGAGUAGAUAAGAGGCUAUGGCUAUGAUACAAAAAUAAAAUUAGAACACACAAGAGUAAAGUAAUAAGAUAAGAAUAAAAAAUAAUAGGUAUAAAGAAAAUAUGAAAUUGAGGUAUCCCAUUUUAUGAUAAACUUACCAUCCCUUUUUGUUCCUUUAGUAGGCCUACUAUUUCCGGCAGUUGCAAUGGCUUCUUUAUUUCUUCAUGUUGAGAAAAGACUUUUAUUUUCCACAAAAAAAAUCAACUAAAUAUAUGAAAAAGAUAACUCAGAAUAUUCGAAGGAUUACUAUAAUAUAUAAUAUAUAUAGUAGUCCAAUUUUUGUACGAUGGGACUGUAGAGGGUAUUAUAGUAACUGUUUUAUCGCUUGUUUUUGCUAGAAAAUUAAUUUGUUGGGCAGAAGGUCUUCCUGCAUAUCGUUUAGAAGACUCAUGGAUUGCCUUUGUAGCAGGGUCCCAAAACAGUUUCACUAUUUUGUGUGGUUCUUUCAAAUUUUUACAUUCAUUUGGGAGGAAGUUUUUCGCUUACAUUCAGAUGAAGUUGUCCAGUGUGCCACGAGAAGAAAGGGUCAGGCUGCUUUUGUAUGCAAUUGUAAAGAUCUUUCUAACGUUAUAUCGAAUGAGAUUUAGUUGUCGUUCCGGCUUUUCUGGAAGAGAUCGUUGUAUUAUUCCCAGAGUUCCUAUGAACGCUAGUCAGUGCCUCAUACAAAAAACUAACCCAGAUAGUAAUGAUGUCCUUGUCCUUUCUAUGAAAACCAGAGAAAGAGAAAAGGGGACCAUUCCCUUGAGUUCUAUUAAUGCUAGUCCUCCACGCAACCGUCUAAAAAAAGUGUGGAGUUGCCCAGAUUAUUGAGUGGACGAAUAGAAAAUGUUCCACCGAAGGACGAAUAAAAAAGCGAGAAUAGUCUAUAAUAUAUCAAUUUAUAUGAAAAAAUGAAAAAUUGAUAUAUUAUAAGCUAAGCUGCUCUAUUACUUGUAUUUACUUGUAAUAGAACUUAUGGAUUAUUAUUAUAUAUACAGUUGAAAAAUAAGAUGAAACUGAGGACGAAAAAUGGCAAAAAAGAAAGCAUUCAUUCCCCUUCUAUGUCUUACAUCUAUAGUCUUUUUGCCCUGGUGCAUCUCUUUUACAUUUAAGAAAAGUCUGGAAUCUUGGAUUACUCAUUGGUACAAUACGAAAGAAUCCGAAAUUUUCUUGAAUACUAUUCAAGAAAAAAGUAUUUUAAAGAAAUUCCUAGAGUUCGAGGAACUGUUCCUCUUGGAUGAAAUGCUAAAGGAAUAUCCGGAAACACGUUUACAAAACCUUCGUAUCGAAAUCUACAAAGAGACCAUCCAAUUGAUCCAGACGAACAACCAAGAUCAUAUCCAUACGAUUUUGCAUUUCUGUACAAAUAUAAUAUGUUUCCUUAUUCUAAGUGUUUAUUCUAUUAGGGGUAAUCAAGAACUCAUUAUUCUUAACUCUUGGGUUCAAGAAUUUCUAUAUAAUUUAAGUGACACAAUCAAAGCUUUUUCUAUUCUUUUCUUAAUUGAGUUCUGUGUAGGAUACCAUUCGACUGGUGGUUGGGAACUAAUGAUUGGGUCUGUGUAUAAAGAUUUUGGAUUUAUUCCGAAUGAUCAUAUUAUAUCUUUUCUUGUUUCUAUUUUGCCAGCCAUUUUAGAUACAAUUUUUAAAUACUGGAUUUUCCGUUAUUUAAAUCGUGUAUCUCCGUCGCUUGUAUUGAUUUAUGAUUCAAUUCCAUUCCAGGAAUGA